AUGGUACUGACGGUGAAGGAAGGGGAUGAAUUACCUUCCGAGGAAGUGUAUAGAAAAUUCAAGGAAAGUAUAGGUAAUUCUAACUGUAAUUCCGUGGGAGGAAUAAGGAGUAAAGUACAGACUUAUCAUUUUAUUAAAAAAUAUAGUGAUAAAAUUAGCUCUGCCUACUGUUACGCACAGGAAAAUGAGACGGACAAAUUGUCAGAUGAUGAUCGUUGCGGUUUUUUAUACUAUUGGUUAGGUGAUAUAAUGGAAAGUGAGGACAGGAACAAUCGGUUCUCGUUUAUCAUUGGGAACAUGUAUAAUCUACUGCGGCAGCUGGAGCCUAAGUGUAACUGUAAUAAUAUAUACCGUAGUACCAGCGAAACCAUCUUUGAUAAGAGUAGGAAAAUAUUUGAUUAUGAAUAUAACAUUAAAGCUCUACAGAAGAGAGACAAUUGUAGUGAUUAUUCCGAUGGGCAGAAAUAUGACCUCCAUAGGGAAGAAGCUCAAAAGGAAUAUGAGUGGUUAUGUGAAAAUUGUGGGGUAGGUGAUGCUGGGUAUUGUGAGAAAAUCAAAGGGAAAAACAGAGAAUGCAAAAAUAAGGGGCCAGUAGAAUUAGAAUGCCCACGAAAAAAACCUUCUUCUGGGGAUGACUUCGACAAUGAUUCAGCAGCACAGCAGGACGAUGAACCUGAGGAACUUGACGAUCCGGAAGGCAUAUUAGGGAGUACACAUUUGGACCGAGUGAAAUCCAAAUUAAAGCAGUAUGAAGAAUUAAGUGGGGGCUCAGGGGGUUGUGGUAAUGAUAGUGGUAAUAUCCUCCAAAGUGUAAAGAGCACAUUGCAGUCAAAUAUAGGAGUUGAUAAUAAUGCAGAGAAGAUUUUAGGUGCUUGGUGUUAUACGUACGAAAAAAAAAAUGGUAGUAAUCCCAUUAAUGAAUAUUGUGAUUACUUGUAUUAUUGGAUAGGGGAUACACUGUUGAACGGUUCUUUGAGUGUUCGUAAUUUAAAGGACCUUAUGAGUGACCUCUUCCCAAAAUUGAAUAGUUGGAAGUCUAUAAAGGGGUGCGAUAAAAUAGAGACCACUGCUGACGAAAGCGAAUUCAAUCGUAGAAAACAAGUGUUUGAAUACCUCCAACAAUGUAAAAUUAUGAAGGCACAAUUAAAAGGAAACAGUAAAACUCCCCCUACUCAAAAGCCCAAAUGUACGCAAGCUUAUGACACCUAUCUAAAGGAAGUGGUUAACGCUCUUAAGUCUGAAUAUACUAAAUGUAGUGGACCAGAUCGAAAGAGGAGUGUUAGUGAUUCAUAUUGUACCAAUUUUUUAGCAAUGUGUCAACAAUGUAACCCUGAACAACUAUCACAAUUGAAAUGUGAAGUACCCAAAACCGAAGAGUCUAUAGCAUCCAACUAUCAGGCAUCCUCCACUGAGGACACAAUCACCUCCCCAUCUGAAAAUAGCAGCAGUAUCACCCCUACCACUGUUAUAUCUUCCAUAGUCCCAAUAAUAGGACUUCCGUUAACUGCCUUACUCCUUUACAAGGUAAAUAUAUAA